AUGGGUGAUCACAUAAAAAAGGGAGAAGAACUCGAGAAGAAAGCAGAUAAGAAGAUCAACGGCUGGGGUUUACUGGGCUCCAAAUACGAAGAUGCUGCUGACUUGCUUACGCAAUCUGCCAAUCAAUUUAAACUCGCUAAAUCUUGGGAUAGAGCUGGGUCAGUUUUUAUGAAGCUGUCAAAUUGUCAUUUAAAGUUGGAUAGCAGACAUGAAGCUGCUAGUGCUUAUAUAGAUGCUGCAAAUUGCUUCAAGAAAACAUCAACUAAAGGGGCUAUGUCGUGCUAUUUGCAAGCUGUGGAUAUUUAUGUUGAUAUGGGAAGGUAUAGCAUGGCUGCAAAGUAUUGCAAGGAAAUUGCUCAGUUGUAUGAGCUUGAGCAAAACAAUGAGAAGGCUAUUCUGUAUUUUGAAAAAGCUGCUGAUUAUUUUGAAUUUCAAGAAUCGAGCACCCUUGCUAACUCGUGCAAGCUGAAAGUUGCGGAAAUUUCUGCUCAAUUUGAGCAGUAUCAGAAAGCAAUUCAGAUAUAUGAAGAGAUAGCACGACAGUCACUAAAAAAUAACUUGCUAAAAUAUGGAGCACGAGGACAUCUUCUCAAUGCUGGUAUUUGCCAACUUUGCAGAGGAGAUGUUGUUGCAGUAACCAAUGCAUUGGAGCGAUAUGAGGAUUUGGAUCCGACGUUUUCUAGAACUCGCGAAUACAAAUUUUUAUCAGAUUUAGCUACUGCAAUUGAUGAGGAGGAUGUUGCAAAGUUCACUUCCAUUGUCAAGGAGUUCGAUAGCAUUACCAAGCUGGAUUCUUGGAAGGCCACACUUCUGUUGAAAGUGAAGAAUGCCCUGAAGGCCAAAGAACUAGAGGAUGAUUUGACCUGA